AUGCCAAGGGUGAGCAGGAAGGUGGCAGCACCCCGGGGUGGCAUUUCUGCGAACUGCCCAUCCGCCAGCCCUAAACGGAGCGGGGGGAACCCCGGCGAGUUUCGGCGGCAGCAGCAGCACCGCCAGCAGUUGGCGGGGCAGGUCUUCGCUCUCCGCCAGCGCGGGGCGACGGGAAAGCCCGGCUCCCGGCACCGCCGGGCGAGGCGCGCAGCAGGCGAGCAAACAAAACGCGGCAAGGAAGCCCCGAGACGGGAAAAAGGGCCGAUCCCCCGAGCCCCGCGGCCGCCGGCGAACCCCGUCCGACCCCGGGGGCUCCGCGCCGGGCGGGGGGCGCUCCCCGCGGGCAUUGGGUGGGGGGGGCUCGCCGGCGGCCCCAGGAAAAGGAAGUUUGCUCUCCUCCUCCUCCUCCCACCGGCCUCCGCCACCGAGAAGCCGGCGAGCCCUCACCCACCCCGGCCCGGCCUCACCCCCUGCGGCUCCCAGGGGCAGCAGCAGCAGCCGCCCCCCUGCGCGCCCCGCGCCGUCCCCCGGCCCCUUACCUGCUGGGCGGGCAGGCGGCCGGCACCGUCCCCGCCGGGCGCCGCGCACCCGCCAAGGACGUUCGCGCCUCCGCAAGGCGUCCCCGGGCUGCGGGAGGGAUCUGCGGAGAAAACUUCUGCCUGCCCGUCCGCGCUGCCGGCUCCGGUGCUAACGGCGCCCGCCGCCGCCGCGUUCUCCCCUCGCGCCCAGCUGACUCCCGGCGGGCCCCGCCCCGCUCCCGCCCCCGCCGCACGCAGCCGCAGCCCCGGCCCGCCGAGGGCAGGGGGCGGCCGGGAGCCCCGGCGGCCGCGGGCGGUGUGGCGUCCCUGCCCGCCCUCCCCCGUCCCGGGGCGAGCGGCGCUGGAGGCGGAAGGUCGUGGGGCUGUGGCGAGUCUCCUGCCCCCUAACAAAAGCUCACCCGCAGGGCAAGUGCCCCAGCUCCCCUUCCUGCGCUCCAGACAGGCGGAGCAGGCUCCCGGCAUGUGCCGACUGUACGUUUCCUUCAGCGCGUCACCUCAGCCUCUUGGACACACGUGCCACUCUGCUGCCUGCUCGCUGCUCACGCCGCUCAUGCCACCAGUCCCCAGCCUCUCCUGGGCACCACGCUCCCCUCGGCCAUCUCCGCCUGAUGCAGUGCUGAGCACUGCUCUUCAGUCUGUCAGCACCACUGCUGCCCGACCUGUCCUGUCCUGA